AUGGAUAUCGGAGUGGGCCUGUGGUGGAAUGCACCGAUGACGCUUCGCAUCACCGAGCUUCGGCGGAAGACCACUUUAGUGGCCCGAGAUCAAUCUUUGGCUUUGAACAUGCUCUACCCGGAUUCCGCCGAGGUCCACAAAUCGCGAGCCUCCGAGAGCUCGGCGAGGCGUCACAACAUCAGGAAAGGGACUCGGAGCUGCUGGGACUGCAAACGCCGCAAAGUCCGUUGCGUAUUUGCAUCCCCCCACGACACCGUAUGCAACAACUGCCGUCGACGCGGUGCCGUGUGCGCUGGCCAAGAACUACCCGAGGAGCUGGCCCCGCCGAGGGACCAGCAGAUCGGUGAUCGAAUUGCCAGGGUCGAGGGCCUGGUGCAAGAUCUAGCCAAGCAAGUCGACGUACUCACGGGCACCAUCAUCUCUGCUCAGGGCCAGCCUAUGCGCAGCUUACAUGACGCUCCUAAUCCAAGCCAUGGGAGUGAUGAGGUUCAAGGAGCAGACCGGGGAUUCCAUGAGGUUUGUGAUGCCAGGAAACACCUCCAUACCAUGAUCUAG